UGGGUAAACUCUGCGACCUUUUCCCCAGAUGGAAAGUUCCUCGUCAUUAGCUGCCUCGCCUCGGACCACCUAUACAUAUGGGACGUUUCCGCUAUCGUCAACGAAGCUGGCCUUCCAUCAGAUAUCGUUGAUGCUACACCACGACCAGCGCCAAAGAUGAAAUGUACUCCUCAAAUACCUCCAGGGUUUUUUGACGAUGCACUGCGAGAGGCUAAUUUGCGUACUCGUCUAUCCCAAUCCCAUGGGCCGCAUAACCACCCCACUCCAGCACCACGUCAACGCACCCUCAGUCCUUUUUCCUCCUUUUGGCGCCGCUCCAAGUCACAUGGAGCAACUGAACGCGACACCCAAUCCCAAUCCCGACCUUUUAGCUGGACUCGAGACCUAGCAUUCGGCAUACUACGCAGACGAGAUGGAUCGGACAUUGAGUUGCGAGAGGUCGAGGUCCCGUGCACAGCGGGAAAGCCUAGAUACUAUCACGCCAGAAAGAAGAAGCCAGCUGCCAGCUCAUCUCGAGCCACCAAUGCUCAUACCACGCAACAACCCAGCGGAGCAGCACAGAGCACAUCGUCAUCAUCACAGCAAUCACCUUCCACUACCGCUGCUUCGACAUUUCCCGCAGUCACUAGUGCCGCAGGGACAACAGGAACACUCUCGCAUCCUUAUAUCCCUGUUGCUGGAUGGCGCGUUCGUUUUGUGGGCUGGUUGUGUUGUAUGCCUAUUCAGAACACAAGGGGUGAACAUUAGUGACGCAGUUCCAACUACCGCAUUGGCUACUAGAACGAGGCCGCAACACAAUAUCACUGUAAUACAGGACACGUUUCUUGUUCCUUAUUGUCAUUUUCUAUCGUUUACUACGCGACCUGGCGCGAUCCAGUGGACAACUAUUACAAGAUGACUCCUUUGUCACCUGCAGACUCUCCCCCCCUCUAAUCCAAGAAUCUCAAUUGUCACAUUCAGAUCGCUCUGGAUCUGCUGCUUGAGGACGCUAAGACAGACAACCAGUGCAUGAACAAAGGGUUUUCCUAUACCGCCUUGUUCGCCAC